UGCGCCCUCUCCCUGUCCUCCAAGCUGCCCAGCUCCACUGAGAUCUUUCCCAUCGCCCCCGCUGGCCCUGCUGUACCCCGAAACCAUGCUGGGGACCAUCACCAUCACCGUUGGACAGAGAAGUUCUGAAGAUGUGAGAGAGAAAGACCCAGAAAAAGAAAUGGCUACCAACUCUGAAGUCACAGACACCACAAAGGAUGGGCAGGAGGAAAUACCUGAAAUAAUCGAAGAGAUUCCUUCCUCGGCUAGCAAUUUAGAUGAGAUAGCACACUCCACCGAGUCCCAAGCUAAUGAUGUUGGAUUUAAGAAGGUUUUUAAGUUUGUUGGCUUUAAAUUCACUGUGAAAAAGGAUAAGACCGAGAAAUCUGACACUGUCCAGCUAGUCACCGUUCAAAAAGAGGAAGGUGAAGGAGCAGAAGGUUCAAAUGGGGCUGGCGACCACCAGGAGGCCAGCGUGGAGACGGAAGGGUCAUCGUCCAAAGAGAGCGAACUCAAGCAAUCCACGGAGGAGCUGAAGCACCCCUCGAAGCACGAGCAAAGCAUCACUGAAAUUUCCACACGAGCUGAGUCUGAUCAAGCCGCAGAGGAAAGCAACAGAGAAGCAGAAACACAAGAAAGAGAGCCUCCUAGGCCUCUAGACUCCCCCACCAGCCCCAUCAACGAGACAGCGUCGCCUUUUAAGAAAUUCUUCACUCAAGGCUGGGCUGGCUGGCGGAAGAAGUCGAGUUUCAGGAAGCCAAAGGAGGACGAGCUGGAAGCUUCUGAGAAGCCAAGAGAACAGGAGCCAGAGAAGCCGGAUAUGGAGGGAGAGGAAAAUACCGAGGGAGUCCUGGAGCAGCCCGCGGCCUCUCCACAGCCCCCGGCCCCGGAGCCCCCGGCGGCCCGAUUAUCCGCCGAGUACGAGAAGGUCGAGCUUCCCGAGCUUCCCUCGGAGCCUCCGGGGCCUGCCCACGACAAACCCGCCCCGCUGGCCUCGGAAGUGUUCGAUGAGAACGUCGAAGGCCACCGAGAGGUCGCGGCGGACGUUCACACCUGCACGGCCGAGGCGCAAGACCCUGGGACACCCUGGGCCCACGAGACGCUGGAGGAAGCCACCGCCACCGCCACUGCGGGGGAAGCCACCUCCACCGCCGGGGAAGCCACCGCCACUGCGGGGGAAGCCACCGCCACCGCCACCGCCGGGGAAGCCACCAACACAGCCACCGCCGGGGAGGCGGAACCCACGCUGGGCGCCCCCGAGGGCGACCGCCCCUCCCCGGCCGACCUGGCUCCGGAGGAACCGUCUAAACACCCGGAGGGCGCGGCGGGUGAGGCCGAGCUCCUGUCCUCGCAGGAGCGGAUCAAGGCGCAGGGAAGCCCCCUGAAGAAGCUGUUCAGCAGCUCUGGCUUGAAGAAGCUGUCCGGGAAGAAGCCGAAGGGGAAGCGAGGAGGGGACGAAGAGUCGGGGGAGCAUCGCCCCGCGCCCGCCGAGUCCCCCGACAGCGCCGACGAGCAGAAGGCGGGGGACAGCUCCGCCUCGUCCCCGGAGGAGCCCGAGGAGCCCGCGGCUGCGGAGAAGGCGCUGGGGGACGGCCCCCGGGAGGGGGAGGGGGAAGAAGGAGCCACCUCCUCGGACGGGGAGAAGAAGAGAGAGGGCAUCACGCCCUGGGCCUCCUUCAAGAAGAUGGUGACGCCCAAGAAACGCGUGCGGCGGCCCUCGGAGAGCGACAAGGAGGACGAGCUGGACAAGCUGGACAAGGUGAAGAGCGCCACGCUGUCGUCCACCGAGAGCGCCGCCUCCGAGGCGCCCGACGACGCCAAGGGGGCCGCCGAGGAGCCGCGGCGCAAGGUGGACAGCUCCGUGUCCUGGGAGGCGCUCAUCUGCGUGGGGUCGUCCAAGAAGAGAGCGAGGAAAGCCUCGUCGUCCUCCGAGGAGGGGGACGCGCCGCCGGCCGAGGAGGCCGGCCGGGAGCCGGGCGCCGACGCGGGCCCCGAGCCGCAGGAGCCCGGGCAGCAGGGCAGCUCCUCGCCCGAGCCGGCCGGCAGCCCCUCGGAGGGCGAGGGCGUGUCCACCUGGGAGUCCUUCAAGCGGCUGGUCACCCCGAGGAAGAAAUCCAAGUCCAAGCUGGAAGAGAAAACCGACGAUGGCGUGGAAACUUCCGCUUCCGCUUCCGACCUGGAACCGGGAAGGGAAGAGUCUUGGGCUUCCAUUAAGAAGUUCAUUCCUGGACGGCGAAAGAAAAGGUCCGAUGGGAAGCGAGAAGCCGGCCCCGCGGAGGAGGCCGCAGGCCCGGCGGAGGCCACCGAGGACGACGGCGAUGUCCCCGCCGUGGUGCCCUUGGCCGAGUACGACGCGGUGGAAAGGGAGAAGAUGGAAGCCCAGCUCGCGCGGGGCGGCCAGGGGGCGGAGGCUAGGCCGGGGGCGGAGCCCGACGCGCCCAGCGCGCCUGCGCAGCAGUACGGCCCGCAGGUGGACCUGUACGUGUCGGAGGAGGUGAGCCAGAGCCUGGUGCACACCGUGACGGUGGCCGUGAUCGACGGCGCGCGGGCCGUGGCCGAUCUGGAGGAACGCUCUCCGUCCUGGAUCUCCGCUUCGGUGACUCAGGCCCCCGAGCCGGCAGAGGAGGACGAAGCCAGACCCCCGUCCGGGGAGGUGACGGGAGCAUCCGUCGAAGCCGGAGAGACCCCCGCGGCUCCCCGCCCGGGCGAUGAGCCAGUCCCCAGCGACACGGACUUCACCUCGGCGGAAGCCGUGACCGCGGCCGAACCCCCCGAGGCCCUGUGUGCCGAGGAAGCCACGGAGCCGUCGGGGGCGGAGGAGACCACGGAGAUGGUGUCGGCCGUGUCCCAGCUCACCGACUCGCCCCGCACCGCCGAGGAGGCCACCCCGGUCCGGGAGGCGGAGGGCGCCGCGGCCGACGCAGGGGAGCAGGAGCGGCGCACGCGCGCCGUCCUCCAGGCCGUGGCUGAAAAAGUGAGAGGGGAGGCGGAGCCCGCGGACACCCGUGGGCCGCACGACGGGGUGCAGACCGCGCCGCAGGAGGAGCCCCCCACGCCAGCGAUGGGGGGGCCGGAGCAGGGGGCCUUGGAGGAGACGGUCCAGGACACGGAAGCUGACCUCGGUGACCUCGGUGCCGCGCGGAGUGGAGAGGCCGAGGAGGCUGUCAGCGGGGCGCCGGCCCAAGCCUCAGCCCAGGCCCAGCCCCAGGAGACGAUGGGGGCGCCGGCCAUCUCCCCCGACUCGGCCGAAACCCUGACCGACAGCGAGACAGACGGAAGCACGCCCGUGGCCGAGUUCGAAGCCGGAGAUAGCGUGCAGCAGGACGAGGUCCUGGGAACCCCCGGAGACACAGCCCUCGCUUCCCGUACCCAGUCACAGACCGCAGAAGAGGGGCCGAGUCCUGCCCAGCAAGAGGCUCCUCCAGCACCUUCUAGUUGCCAAACCCAGGAAGAGAAGAAAGAACCAGCAGAGGCAGAGACUGUGCUAGAACGUACCCAAGGAGAGCUGUUGGGGGAAGCUGGACCCGUUGAGGUGUGUCAAGAGGUUGGCCAGAUGCCCGAUGAAGAAGCCAAAGAGGAUGGGCCGUGGGGUGAGGGACACGAAGUGUCCACCCGCACCGACGGAGCGGAGAGCCCGGAAAAGGCUCCUGAAGUGGCCCCUGAUGGGGAGGCGGCCGCGGAGGCGGGCUGUCAGAUGGAUGACGCUCUUGAACUCCAGCAGCCAAGCCUGCAGGAGAGAGAGGCAGGCCGGGAGGAUCCUACCGAAGCACAGCCCCUGCAAGAGAGUGAGCAAGAACCCACGCCCAAAGCAGCUGCUCCCCGAAGUGAGGAAGUGGUUUCCACAGUGGACACGCCCCAGACCAGCAGUCCUGAUAGAAGCCCAUCUCCUUCUCUCCAGGCCCACGAGGUUGAAGUUGAAGGCUGUGGAGCAUCAGCACCUCCAACCGCUGGAGCAGUGGAGGAGGUGGUAGAGGUGGUGGAGCAGGUCUUAGAAGAAACUAAGAUUUCAGAAGCAGGUGAAACUUUGCAGUCUGCAGGUGCACCUGUAGGCCCAGCAGAGAAGUCUGUUGAACGAGAAGAAGACCAGGCCCCUCAGUUAGAAGGCGAUGAUGUUUCUGCAGAGCCUGAGACUCAGGCAAUGUCCAUACCAGUUCUACUGACCGGUCAUGAAGAAGGCUUAGAGAGAGAGGGAAGUGGUCCCCAGACAGGGCAGGCAGCAGAUGGAGGGGAUGAGCAGGUUAGUUGGCAGGAAGACCAUGCCAGUACGUCUUCUGAGGGAGAUCUUAAGGCUGAACUUGAGUCUGAGAGCAGUAAGAUCAUCCAAAAUGUAAUUCAGACAGCAGUUGACCAGUUCAUCCAGAAGGAAGAGACGGCCGUGGACAUGAUUACCUCUGAUUCACAGACACAGGCUUUGUCCCUGCGAGCAGAAGCAGCUGAAGAGCAGGCCCCUGUCCAGGAUGAAACCCAAAUCCUUGCAGCCCACGAGGAGUCUGAGCCAACUACAGUGGGACCCGCACUUUCCAAAGAUGUGAGUGAAAUGUCUGAAAAGAUCUUGCCAAUUGGCAUGGAAAGUUCUGGUGUCGGUGGCCAGCAGCUUGACGAGGUGGUUCCUCCAUCAGAGGCGGAUGAAGAUGGGAGCAGAGCAAAGGCUGUGUCUGACGAAGGUCUCCACGAGUUAAGAGAGAGAAUAGAAAAGCCACCAUCGGAACCCAAAGAAAACAAGAAAGGAGAUGCACACCUGGAAGCCCAAAUCUCAGCCCCCGCAGAUGCCGAGGUCUCUGGAGGCUUAACCAAAGAGUCCUCCGACACCAAUGGACCGAAAGUCACAGAGGAGGAGCCUGCCCAGGAGCCAGGAUUCCAGGAAGGAAAAGGGCACAGUGAAUCUGAUAAGGAGAUCAGAUCCCCCAAAGAAGAGGAGAUGCAAAAACCAGAGAGAGAGCCAGCAAAAGCUGAACUUACAGAAUGCUAA